AUGUCACUUUUGGGCCUUGUGGUGACGGCAUCCCAAUGCCACGGAAAGCUUGCGACAAUAACACUUUGCAAUGAGCUGAAGCUACUUGCUCUGGUAAUGAUAGUGUCCCUACUCAAGCAUCACAUAGACUCCAACACAGUCGACAACUUGACAGUGCUGAUCGCCGCUACGGAUCGCCCUGUUCCCUGCAUUCCCGCGCAUCCUACGGUGCCUACGUGCUCGCUUCUCCUCACUUACACGCACAGCUCUCCAGCUUUCGUCCACCAUGAAACCCCCCAAUCUCGCGGGCCUAGCCACCGUCUGCACAUCAUGUCGCACUCUCUCCCUUUCUGCGCAGUACCUCUCCGCCGAGGGAAUACAACGUCAAAACUCACAACUCACUUACCACUGGCCAAGUCCUAUUUCACGCAGCUCCUCCCAGGUCCUCCCUCCAACCCUCCCGACUCACUGCUUUGCGGCCUGCGGCUUGCCUGCCGCUUCGAGGACACUUUGCUGUUGAUCCGAAUUGAUUCAAAUAAAUUCGAUACAUGCGACCAGCGGGUACAUUGCAGACCUCCGACCGCGAGACACAUUUGCGCCAUGCGGACCAACGGAUCGCAUGUGGAAUGUAUCGUCCUGCCAUCGGCCGUCAAUCAGCCGCCGACCCCCUUUCCGCCCGGGCUUCAACCGCAUCCAGAUCCCGAUAAUUCCACUCGCCGUCUACGGAGUACACUAACGGGACCUGGACCCUCGGGAAUACAAUUCUCUCUGUGUCUCGCCUUUUCUUCCCACUUGCGUAAAGGACAAGAGAUUGCGCGGUCCGGUGGUCCCGGUUCGCCCUCCACCGUUCGCCGAUUGAAGAAAUACCAAGAGCCCGAAAAGAGCACCAGCAUCUUCCGUGUUCGGCGAAUCACUUACCCAAAGUUGCAACGACGGAACCGGCGCGCAUACUCGUCCCGUUCCCCAAGACACGACCUGCACAUCGCGGCGGCCGGCGCAACGCACUCGCGGAGGGCCUCCCGGGCGGUCUACCUGCAGGAUCUGUGCUGUGCUGUGCUUCUGAGAAGCAAACGCGCAUAUCAGUAUCCCGUACGGAGUACUUCGUACAUGACAACUCAACCCUACACUAUGAAGAGGACCCUGCAGCUCUUGUCCUCCGAGAAGCUAAACCUCUCUUGGACUGGAGUUGGCUACUGGCACCGCUGGCAGGCCGCAGAGUGGCAGAGGCAGACUUUCAACUUGCGCGCAAAUAUCCGUACAGAGGCAGAGUGUGGUUCGCAUGGUCUCGCACAUGCUUUCCAACGGCGCGAAUGUGACGGGCUGUUUGUAUCCGCAUCUUGCUGGAAGUUUGCUCUCCCCUCCAGGGGGCCCUCCACAAUGUCUGCCUGUCAAUUUGACAUCCUCACAUCCCCUCCUAGGGCCCUAACGUCGCUUACCGUGGAGAACUUUGAUGUGGCGAUGAGAGGGGGGCUAGCACUCCACGUCGGUCUGCAGGACGUGCAGCUCGCGCACAUUGGCACGUUGUUGGCGCGCAAAGCACGUUUGGCGACACAGUUAAUUGCAUGGUUUUGUCUGUCAAUUGUGACGCGAACCCUCGGCUGCGCAGGUUGCCCUAGUUGGGAACGACUCGGACAGCCAUGUGAUUGUCUCUUGGCGUGGUUUCUGCCUCAUCUUGACUGUACAGCUGCGAAGCUCGCGACAUAUAUCAACCUUGCUGGCGACUAG